UGCUAGAUUGCAAUCCUAAAUUAUGAUUUAAUUCCAAGAAAAGAUUUUAUACCAGUAUCAAAACUGAAAAAAUAUCCAAGCCUGGAUUUUUUGAAGCUUCAAUAUUAUUAGGAAAUCCCUAGUUCAGGAUUUAAAAUCAGUAAGACUCUGAUGGGUAUUUUUUCCAUAUUUUUGCUCCUAGGCUAAUUCCUAAGAAAAUUUAAAAUCUUUUAAAAUGGUUAACAGUUAAAUCAUUAAUUUUUCUCAUUUCCUGCUUUUACACUUUGAAUUCAAAUGAUAUGUACACAUGUCCCCUGGCAAAGCACUCAGGAAGCUAAAAAAAUAAGAGCACUUAUAUGGGAUUAUAGAUGUUUCCUGUUCUUCACGUGUUUAAGUGUUUUACUGUAGCACAGCACUUCAUAGAUCCUUAAGGAAAAGUUCUGACAAGUAUUUUAGGGGUAAUCUGCUUUAUCUGUAUCACACUGAGUACUUUUGGCAUUUAAUCCAGAAUUAAUUUUCAACAGGUACCUGUGCAGUCAAAAUCAAAUCUUUCUGUUUUUCAUUUAGGAACUGUUUCUGUGCAUGUGAUGGCAUUGCUUCAAUAAAGUAUAAAUACUUAAAUAGAGGUAGUUCAUGUAUUUCCUUGGUCUGUUUUGAAGGACUUUUCUCCCUUCCAGGCUGAUGGUGCAGCUUUUCUUUAAAGCCACUUGGACUCCUUCACCUUACUGCUUAGAUUGCAAAUUUAGCAGGAACAGUCUCCUUGACGAGGAGACUGUCUUGGAGAUCUCCACCAUUUGCCAAAUUUUGCUAAAAUUGGACAGUAAAACCCAAACAUAUUAAGGAAGCACAUAUGUACACACAGUCAUAAAAGAAGUCUUCUUUAUAUAGUAAAAUAGCAAAACAAAAUACAAUUAUUUGCACUUUUCCAUCAUGUAGCUUCAACUUAAUCCAUUUUCAAGAUGUCUUAGUGGCCUGUAUGUUGAUUUCUAAUAAAUGGUAGCAGUCACGAAGAUGAAGAACUUGAAAAUGUAGCCUGUACUGACAGUUCAUCACUCCCUUGAUUCUUAGAUAAAUCUGUCAAGUGAGAGGGUGAGACCAAAGAUCUUUUCCCACUAAAUUUAGACUUAAAUGUUGACAAUGGUGUAUGGGAACGCCCUUAAUGGGAGAAAAGGCCUCCCUCGUGGAAAAUAAUGUACCUUGGGUUGUAUCCUCACUGGCAGGAGAGGUGUUUACUUUAAAAAGAGAUGCUUUGAAAUAAAAAGGGAAAGGUUGCUCAGCUUAUCAGCCAGACUGAGAAGGCCAAGGGUCCUUUGAUAAGGAGUUUCAGACCAGCAGGAGGGUUUCCAGAGUUGUUAACUUGGGCUCUGUCUUUUUUAACUGUCCAAAAAGUCUUCUUUCCUACCAUACUUCUUCUUUUCACUUGGUGCCUCUUCCUUUUGUUUCUUCCUGCUGCAACAAUAUCCUUUAUUAAUCUGUAUUUUAGGCUGAAAUCCUGUAAUCCCUUGGAUGUACCGACCCUUUGGUGAGGUCAGGUACUUACCUGGUGGCAUUCCAGUGUUUUCUAAGGAACUACACCAGUUUGUGCUAACUGGGGGUGUCUCCUUCUUCUGUAUCACUGUACAAAAAACAGGAGUGCUUUGGUGUAGGUAGAGUGGGAUUAAUGUCAAUAACUAUGUUGAUAUUUGGCAAAGGAAUCUUGAGUAAGUGUUGUGCUGCUGACUCACACGAGGUGGGCAUUCCCAGCCCAGGCCAGCACAGAUGGAUCACAUCAGUGGAAAGCUUGGAUGAAAAAAAGACACGGAUGAAGGGCUGGGAAUGGUAUUACAGGAUAGAUGAAAAUGGGAAUAAAGCAUUGCUGUGCUGUCAGCACUCAGGAGCCAUCAGGAGGGAGGAUGAACUUCCCAUUUGAAGCUGAACACUACACUUGUGUUUUGGACCUCCUGUAAUUUGUCCUGAAGUCAGAACCUGCUGCACAGAUUGGGAGGCUUGAGGGGAAGCUAAGAUUCCCAAUUAAAGUUGGAACUGUAAGGAACAGCAAGCAGCUCUGUUGAAUGGAUUCCUCCAUGAGGUUAUUGUGCAGGUCAGGAGGUUAGCUCACUUUUGUCUUUUUACUCAACUGCUGCAGAAGAAAUCCUCUGUGCGUUCUCCUGAAUUGUAAAGGCUGGUAAGAAAGAGAAGCCAAAGUCAUCCAUUAAUCCCCAGGCAAAGUCCUAUUGAAGCAGCUGCAGUGAAAGCUCUCACACGCUGCCCUGGAAAUAACCCCGGCUGUGACGUGGUGAGAUGACCCUAGAAUUCCGCAAAAGCAGGCCGAGGCCAUACGGUUUAGUGAUUCCCAUCAGCACCAAUGCAGACGGAAGCUACAGCUCCAACAUCCUGUCUGCGAGUCACCAAAGGCGAGCGCCGCGGGAGGUGUCCCAGAGCCCCAGGCAGCUCUACUUCAACGUCACUGCCUUCGGGAGGGAGUUCCACCUCCGGCUGAAGCCCAACACUCGCCUGCUGGCUCCCGAGGCCGUGGUGGAGUGGUACGAAGACUCUGUGCCAACCGGGAGCGAUGGUGGUAACACGAGUCACGCUGGGACUGCUGCGGAGCGCUUGUGGAAGAGGGAGCCCCUGUGGACCAACUGCGCCUACGUGGGGGACAUCACGGACAUCCCCGGAGCUGCGGUGGCCAUCAGCAACUGUGACGGGCUGGCUGGAAUGAUAAGAACUGAUGAGGAUGAAUACUUCAUUGAGCCCUUGGAAAGAGGAAAGCAAAUGGAAGAGGAGAAGGGAAGGAUCCACAUGGUGUACCGGCGGUCGGCGGUAGCGCAGCACCCGCCUGACACACUCCCCGACAUCCACACAGAAGGGUCCCUCCUGGGAGCACUGAGUUCCCUGCACGGCCACAUGGAGCAGCAGCUGAACGAGACCCUGCGGCGCCGCCGGCACGCGGGAGACGACGACCACAACAUCGAGGUGCUGCUGGGGGUGGACGACUCCGUCGUCAGAUUCCACGGCAAAGAACACGUCCAAAACUACCUCCUCACCCUCAUGAACAUCGUGAAUGAGAUUUACCACGACGAGUCCCUGGGCGUUCACAUCAACGUCGUGCUGGUCCGAAUGAUCAUGUUGGGGUACGCCAAGUCCAUCAGCCUGAUCGAAAGGGGGAACCCCUCGCGCAGCCUGGAGAACGUGUGCCGCUGGGCCUAUCAGCAGCAGAAGGCGGACCCCGGCCACGCCGAGCACCACGACCAUGCCAUCUUCUUAACCAGGCAAGAUUUUGGGCCCGCUGGUAUGCAAGGAUACGCUCCUGUGACGGGCAUGUGCCACCCGGUCCGGAGCUGCACCCUCAACCACGAGGACGGGUUUUCGUCAGCCUUUGUUGUUGCUCAUGAGACUGGGCACGUGCUGGGCAUGGAGCACGACGGGCAAGGGAACAGAUGUGGGGACGAGACGGCGAUGGGCAGUGUCAUGGCCCCCUUGGUGCAGGCCGCCUUCCACCGCUACCACUGGUCCCGCUGCAGCGGCCAGGAGCUCAGGAGAUACAUCCAUUCUUACGACUGUCUGCUCGAUGACCCUUUUGAGCACGACUGGCCCAAGCUUCCUGAGCUGCCAGGCAUCAACUAUUCCAUGGACGAGCAGUGCCGCUUCGACUUCGGUGUGGGCUACAGGAUGUGCACAGCGUUCCGAACCUUUGAUCCGUGCAAGCAGCUGUGGUGCAGCCACCCCGACAACCCCUAUUUCUGCAAGACCAAGAAAGGACCUCCCCUCGACGGCACAGAAUGUGCCCCUGGAAAAUGGUGCUACAAAGGUCACUGCAUGUGGAAGAACACCAACCAGCUGAAGCAGGAUGGACACUGGGGACCCUGGACCAAGUUUGGCUCCUGCUCCCGGACCUGUGGAACUGGGGUUCGCUUCCGCACGCGCCAGUGCAACAACCCAAUGCCCAUCAACGGAGGUGACGACUGCGCCGGGGUCAAUUUUGAGUUCCAGCUGUGCAGCACCGAGGAGUGUCCGAAGCACUUUGAGGACUUCAGGGCACAGCAGUGCCAGCAGCGCAAUUCCCACCUGGAGUUCCGGGGCAGCCGGCAUCACUGGCUGCCCUACGAGCACCCCGACCCUCCCAAGAGGUGUCACCUGUACUGCCAGUCCAGGGAAACAGGGGAUGUGGCUCACAUGAAGCAGCCGGUGCAUGAUGGGACUCGCUGCUCCUACAAGGAUCCCUACAGUAUCUGUGUCCGUGGGGAAUGUGUGAAAGUGGGCUGUGACAAGGAAAUUGGCUCCAACAAGGCUGAGGAUCAGUGCGGGGUCUGCGGCGGGGACGACUCCCACUGCCGGACUGUGAAGGGGACCUUCACCCGCACCCCCAAAAAGCUCGGGUACCUUAAGAUGUUUGAUAUCCCUCCUGGGGCUCGACAUGUGUUUAUCCAAGAAGACGAGGCCUCUCCUCACUUCCUUGCAAUCAAGAACCAGGCUACAGGACACUAUAUCCUGAACGGGAAAGGGGAGGAGGCCAGAUCCCGAUCCUUCAUCGACCUGGGCGUGCAGUGGGAAUACAGCAUCGAGGACGACAUCGAAACGCUGCACACGGACGGGCCUCUGCACGACGCCGUGGUGGUGCUGAUCAUUCCUCGGGAGAACGACACCAGAUCCAGCCUGACUUACAGAUACAUCAUCCACGAGGAUUCGGUGCCGACCAUCCACAGCAACAACGUGCUGCGGGAGGACAUGGACACCUUUGAGUGGGCCUUGAAGAGCUGGUCCCAGUGCUCCAAACCCUGUGGUGGAGGGUUCCAGUACACCAAAUACGGGUGCCGCAGGAAGAGCGACAACAAGAUGGUUCAUCGCAGCUUCUGUGAAGGCAGCAAAAAGCCAAAGCCCAUCCGAAGGAUGUGCAACCUGCAGGAGUGCACGGAGCCCCUCUGGGCAGCAGAUGAGUGGGAACACUGCACCAAAACCUGUGGGAAUUCUGGUUACCAGCUCCGCACGGUGCGCUGCCUCCAGCCUCUUCCCGACGGCACCAACCGCUCCGUCCAUGCCAAGUUCUGCAGCGGGGAUCGCCCUGAGAGCCGCCGGGCCUGCAACCGGGCACCGUGUCCUGCACCUUGGAAAGCUGGACCCUGGUCCCAGUGCUCAGUGACCUGCGGGGAGGGGACCGAGAGCCGGCAGGUGCUGUGCCGUGCUGGGGACCGGUGCGACGGGGAGCGGCCCGAGUCCGUCAGGGUUUGCCAGCUCGCUCCCUGUGACGACGAGCCCUGCCUGGGAGACAAAUCCAUCUUCUGCCAGAUGGAAGUGCUGGCCCGGUACUGCUCCAUCCCUGGCUACCACAAGCUGUGCUGCGAAUCCUGCGGGCAGCGCAGCAGCACCUUCCCACCUCCCGGAGCUGCCAGGACCGAGGGGGACACACCGUUGGAUCCGGGCAGCCUGCCGAGGGCUCCGCCAGUGCCCACCCCUGCGGUGCCCCCCCGGGCUCAGCUCCUGCCCAGGAGCAGUUCCCUGGGCCGGCCGCCUCCAUCGACAGAGGAGGCUGAGUGGCACAUCCCACCCUCCAGCCCCGAGCCUAAAGGCACCGGUGUUCCACACCGGAGAGCUCUUCCGGCUGGGAAGACUUCCCGGCUCUUGGCUUUGCUGCACCAGGCCCCUGCCAACAGUAGCAGCCUUGGCCCUCGCAGGGCUCUGCCUCUGGUGCCAGCGGAGAACGUGGCAGCAGGGGCUCCUGCACCAGCCAGGACCUCCGGGAACAGCGAGGAGCACCUUGGGAAGCGAUGGCCUCCAAGGGCCGGCCCUGUGGAUCGAUGAACAGGAAGGCUUGUGGAGGACAGCCAUGGAAAAGGGGCUUUUUUGGGCACUCCGGGGGGGGAUUCCCUGAGCUCUGGACACUCCAGAGUGCACUGUGUGCCCUGGGCAGGACACUGCAGGGCACAGCUCGUCCCCUGGAUAUACAAAGGACAAGAAGUGCUGGUUCACUUUCUGUUGCUCCGGCCUCCUCCUGCCCUGUGUUCCCUGCCCAGCUGGGAUGCACAGAGGAAACCCAAAUAACAUUCCUGGCAGGGAGUAGGAGUCGCUGAGGGCUCCGUCCAGUCUGGGCCCAAAGGCGGCCCUGACCUCACCCUCCCCCAUGAUUUUGGGUUCCAAACACUCACCUGGAGGAAACACCCCACUGCAGGCAGGACCAGACAGCAACACUUGACAAAACACCUUUGCCACGGACCAAGGGAGCCCUCAGGACUUGUUUGGCUCAUCUAUCCCUGGAAAGGGAUGUUGCACAAGCACCUUUGCAGCCGUUGAGUAAAUCCUGGACAGGGCGGGAAAUCAGGGUUAUCAUAAGAGUUUUGUGCUGUCACACAACUGUUUACCUGUGUUGUUCUGCCCCAUGGACAUUCCAAGGGGCUGGUGUUUAAAGCAGCAUUAGCAUAAAAGGAGGGGGUUCAUUUGCAUAGGAAUUGAACUGCUGGCACAAGGGGCUUGGGGGGUUUGGGGCAUCAUCAGUGCGAUGCUUGAAAUACGGAAACCCUGUAGAUACUGCAAGUGCUGUCCUGGUCCCAGGCCAAAGGGGUUCCCAGCUGCUCCCCACGUCUCUGCUGAACCAGCACCCAGAGGCAAAACAGGUGCCUCCAAGACUUCAAAGAGAGGAUUUUUUUCCUGACAGGAAGCAUGGAUUUCAAGGCCUGAGAGAUGUUUCUUUCCAGCAUGGUUCACCUCCAAACCUCCCCGAGCACGGCGCAUCCGACUGCAAUCGUUAAUUUAUGCCAAUCCCCACCUUGUCUCAGCCCCACCGGCCACGCUCCCUCCGGCCCAUUGCUGUAAAGGACUUGUAGGGGAGUGAGAGCUACAGAUAUUUAUUAAAAAGUGGAUUUCUUGACAGUAUUUUAUGUACUAAAUAUUUACGCCGAGGGCAGGUGACUCUUCUUUUUGCCAAGAUCAAAUCCAGAGAUGGAAUUAGAUGCUGUGUUGUAGGGACAGAAUGGAAAUUUAAGCUACUAAACUGCUGUAGAGAAAUGGUUGAUUUAUAUUCUUUAAAAAUAUGACAGGGUUUUGUCACAGGCCUCUCAUUUCUCAGUGGGCUAUUAAAGUUUCACAUGCAAUUGCUGCCCCCCUGUAAGGAAUCCCCAGGACCAACCCAUUUAAUGCUGUGAAGUGAUUGGGGCCCCGAAGAUCCAAUUCUGGCAACAUCCUGGUGCCCCUGUGGGUCCCUCAGAGGAAAGAAGGGUGGCAAUGGCUCAGCAGAGGUUUCCAGCCCCCAGUGCAGAUAAUCCUUGGACCUUUGGAUUUCCUUUCUUCCAAGCUCAUUGCUCAGUCUGUCAGGUGUCCACUCCUGAUGCUGUGUGUGUAUUGGGGAGCACAUGACAAUAAAACCUUCAACAUCCCAA